CAGCCGAGGCGGGCCAAACCUCUGCCCUUUUGCGUGGGGGUGACUUACAGCUCCUGCCCCUUUUUGCUUUGCUUUCUCCUGGCUCCUUCCUCGCACCACGUGCCCUCCUGGCCGCUCCCCCAGCUGCCCUUUCCAACAGCCUGUUGGAAGUUGCUGUAAAAUGUCGUGAGGGGCGCGGCCGCUUUACGGCUGCCUCUCCCAGGCUAGUGCCCGGGAGCGCCCACCGCCGUCAGCCCUGUCUGUAAGAGUCGGCCCGGAGGAGACGGAGAGACCCGGCGCCCAGCUCCCCUCUCCGCCGCGCCCGUGCCGGCCCCCGGCGAUGUGAACUCGAGGAGGCUGCGGUGCCCCCUGGCCCGGGGUUGAGACGGGCGGCAGGUGCCUGUGAGGCGGGCGGGUGCUGGGGGCCUGCAGGAUGGAGGAAAGCAUGGAAGAGGAGGAGUGGGGCAGCUACGUGGCGAUGAUGGACGACCAGAACCACAACAACUGGGAGGCCGCGGUGGACGGCUUCCGGCAGCCCCCGCCGCCGCCGCCGCCGCCCCCCUCGUCGAUUCCAGCCCCUGCGCGAGAGCCGCCGGGGGGUCAGCUGCUGGCGGUGCCCGCGGCCUCGGUGGACAGGAAAGGCCCGAAGGAGGGACUCUCGAUGGGGCCGCCGCCACCGCCGGAGGCCAAUGGGGUGAUCAUGAUGUUGAAGAGCUGCGACACGGCCGCCGCUGUGGCCAAGGCGGCCCCCGCCCCCACCCCCAGCUCCACCAUCAACAUCAACACCUCCACCUCCAAGUUCUUAAUGAAUGUUAUAACUAUUGAAGAUUAUAAGAGCACAUACUGGCCAAAAUUGGAUGGUGCCAUAGAUCAGCUUUUAACCCAGAGUCCUGGUGACUAUAUCCCCAUAUCCUAUGAGCAGAUAUACAGUUGUGUGUAUAAGUGUGUUUGCCAGCAGCACUCAGAACAGAUGUACAGUGAUCUGAUUAAAAAGAUAACUAAUCACCUAGAGCGAGUCUCAAAGGAGCUGCAGGCCAGCCCUCCAGAUCUCUAUAUUGAAAGAUUUAAUAUAGCUCUUGGACAGUAUAUGGGAGCAUUGCAGAGCAUUGUGCCUCUUUUCAUAUAUAUGAAUAAGUUUUACAUCGAAACCAAGCUUAACAGAGACCUAAAAGAUGACCUUAUAAAGCUGUUUACGGAACAUGUUGCAGAAAAGCACAUUUACAGCCUAAUGCCUUUACUUUUAGAAGCCCAGUCAACACCAUUUCAGGUCACACCUUCAACUAUGGCGAAUAUUGUGAAAGGCCUGUACACUCUCAGGCCAGAGUGGGUUCAGAUGGCUCCAACUCUGUUUUCUAAAUUUAUUCCAAACAUUCUUCCUCCGGCGGUGGAAUCUGAACUUUCUGAAUAUGCUGCUGAGGAUCAGAAACUUCAAAGAGAACUUAUACAGAAUGGUUUUACGAGAGGUGACCAGUCCCGGAAGAGAGCUGGGGAUGAGUUGGCUUAUAACAGCUCGUCAGCGUGUGCAAGUUCCAGAGGGUACAGAUAGUGAAUGUAUUGAAUGUACUUUCCUUCCCGAAAAGAGGACACACUGGAGCUGCAGAGACUGUAUUCGGAGCACAGCGGGGGGCCUGCAGACACUCAGGAGCUCUGUCACAAAGUUGUUCUUGGAAGAGGAUGUUGGACUUCUUACUUUGGUUUGUAAUUUUAAAAAAACAAAAAAACUAACAAAAACAAAAAACAGUUGCUGCUAGACUUGGGGAUGAUUUUGAAAUGGGACAAUCUUUUAAUGAGUUUACCUACAGAUUCUGUGAGGAACAAGCAUCUUGAAAAGCGACCAUUGCUAAGGGAAAUCCAGCAGCCAACAUCAGCAGCUUCCUCCAAAAAUAGAAGAACAGAGAAUCUUUUUUUUUUUUUUUUUUUUUUUUAAAAAGCACUUGUUUUGUUCAUUUGUGGACUUGGCACUUCAGCACAUUGGCUUUGCACAUCAGAAUCUCUUUUGCUUUAAAAUCAAGCAGAUCAUUACAGUGCAGUGUUUUUCGCCCAUUACCAAAAAAACAACCCCUUUUAAAAGAGUUGGUCUUUGUUUAGCAUUAGAAAGUCUCAUUAAAGGAAACCGUUAACUUGGCUUCUGCCAUAACUUUCCCCCUCACCAGUUCACAACUUUUUUCUACUCUGUGCCUUGAGCUUUGUGCACUUUGCAACUCUGUGACCAUGGUGUUCAACUCACAAAUGCUUCGUGAAAAGGUUUAUGGUAUCACAGACUCCCCCACUAAGGUGUCAGGUGUGACUUUGUAGCAGGAUGCUUAAUGAGUGGGAAAGUAGAAGCGUGUUGCUCACUGGUCGGAUCUCCCCCGCCUCACUGUGGCAUAUUCAUGUUAAUGUUGGGGACCAACUCUGUAGAACAUAUCCAUUCCCUCUGUCACUUCACAUGAUUUCACCAGCUGCUGGAGUAUUGGCAUAAUGCUAGUGUAGGAGUGUGCUGGACUUCAGCACUAAAGCUCCCUUUUUAGUAUCGUGGAGAAAUUUCCAGUGGUAACAGCUAGUUACUGUGAUGCCCUAGGAAGCAGAUACGGUUAUUCAGUCCAAAUACAGUAAAUGGUGUGGGCUUCUGGAUCCAUUUCAUUUUAAAUGGGUGAGAUAGGUACUUUGAAAAACAAAGUUUGCCGUCUGCAUCUUUUUUAGCAUUAUAUUCAAGUAUACUAGAGAAGUAGCAUUGCUGUUUCAAGCUUCCUUCCAGCUGUGACACAGCUAUAUAUUUUUUUCCUACACCCACAGUGCUGUUUAGGUUCUUACAAAAGACUCGAAAGAUUAUUCUAGUUGUUUCUGGAAGGCAAAGAAAAAUAGAUGUGGCAGGUGAAAAUAUUUUUCUUCUCAAUUUUGCUUGACUCUAAAUUGAGCAUAUUCUUGACUCUGGCUGUGUCAUGCUGUUUACCUCUUCAGAGAACUUGGGGCAAAACAAGAUGUAUCAGGGAUAGUGUCACAAUUCUGAUUAUCAGGUUUCUCAUAGAGUUGCCUUUGUCAAUUCAGUCUGUCUUUUCUCAGGAGCAGGCUGGAUGGGAGAGUUUGAAGUGUGAUGAUAGGAGCAAGGAAGUCAUCUGAUAGAAGUCCUCUAUUGGUAAAAUUACUGAUCUGAGAAGUAAAUGUACAGAUUGUCAGGUUUUUAAAGUACUUAUCAACGAGAGUUGGUGGAUUUUGCAGAGGACUUUGAACUGGACCGUUUAACUCUGUGAGCAUCUUAGAUUGUAUUGGUAAACACUGAAUUACUGUAAGAAUAUACACAGGCUCUCACUGUGCCCUGUGCAGGUUGAUUUGGUACCCCAGUAACAUUGUGGUGUCAAGGAAGAACUCCAUUCUAUCAUGAAGUCCCAAUUUUACUUUUUGCCGUGGCAUGCUUGCUGCGGGCUUAUAAAUGUAACACCUGUGACUGACGUCUCUCCUGAGUGGUUUUAAUAAUAUAAUUCUGAAAGGAAUAAAAUUGGGGUGUUUCUUUAAAUGUGGAUGAAUUCUUCAUUAUCCUAAUAAUGUGCCCAAAUGCUUUUUUUGGGAGAGUAUUCUUUGGUCAACAAUGGAACUUUCUCUAUAAAAGCAUUGUAUUAUGAUGUGAAUUGGCAUUAAAAUCUUUGGAUGCUUUUGCAUUAUUAAGUUAAUGGAGAAAUAUUUUAUAUUGUCUUAUUAUUAUUAUUAUUAUUAUGUGUUAACAAAAAGUGGGCAAAGUUUGCAAAAUUUAGUUUCUUUGAAUAUUUGCACAGCGACUGCAGCUCACAGUGGGCCAGGGCUUGGUACUACAAAUCCAUGAAUGGAAGACACUGGAGAAAGAAAAUACUCAUCUCCUAGUGCAUGUGACCUGGUUGCUACUCAUUAUCUUGGCCCCUUGAGGCACAUUGCAGGAUGAAAACCCUAUUUCUUUAAGUAGAAAUUGACCUUGCUUAUUUAAUUGGGUUUCUUAGCAAAAUUCCGAGUUUGCAACAUGGGAGGAGAUAAGAUUUGCCCUCCGUUUUGUAUUGACUAAGCAUGGUCAGCCAGAAAGUAUUUUCCUCUCAUGUUUACUUGUAUUCUUCUUGCCAGUACAGUAUCUAGUCUUUCCACCCCAGUUAAGUCCUGGCUUUUGUGGGGCCCAAAUCACUGAGGACAGAAAAUUGUACAUUGAUUGUCUCCUUAGGCUACACGUAGUUGAUUCGGCGAGCCUGACUCGUGUGUGUGUGCAGCCUGAAACCAGACUUUCCGAAAGAAAGCCAGCUCGGUCACCUUGGAAUAAUGACCUGUCAAAGUAAAUGACGAUGGUUUUGAGAGACAGUACUUACUUUCAGAGUUGGCCUUAUGCUUCAGUAACAGUGUCCUCUCCUGGUCUCUGUGGUCACAGCUGUACCCUCACCUGACAGGAGCUACUGCUUUGUUUUCUGUGGGGCGGAAAGCCAAACCUCGUAGAGUGUGACUCUUAAUCUAGUAGUACUUAGGUAGAUUUAGAAGAAACACAAACCUGGAUGCAUGAGUUGUGCGUUACUAAAUUUUGUGGGAAAGUUACUUUUUUUUUUCCUGUCCCUUUUACAAGAUUGAGGCAGUUCCUCUCCCUUUCUUUGGGGUGUAGGAGGGAAACAGCGGUAAGUGAACCGGCAGGAGGGUGGGCGCCCGCGGCGUUCCUGCUGUGUGCGUCUCUGGUGCCCCAGCCUCAUAGAGCUGCCACUCCCCUGGUUACAGACGCCAUGCUUUCUGUUGGGUUGCAAAUUUGCACACAAGAAGAAUUCCUCAGGAAGAGUUUGCACAUGCAUCGCCUUGCAAUAUUCUGUAAUGACCGAACAAGGGACUUGAAUGUUUUUCAGCACAAAAGGAGAACUUCAGAGUGGUGUUCUGUGCACACGUACUGGCAAAGGUCAUGGUGAUCUAGCAAACACGAUUGGUUUCUGCAACAUAAAGUGAGCAGGAACACUUGUAUCAUAGUAUUUAAAUAAGCCUGUUUAAUCUCCAGAGUAACCCUUCCAGAUUUUGUCUUCUUUUCUUAUUGAGACCGGCUAUAUUUUCUGCUGUGUUUUUUCUGUUUUAUGGCAGUUAAUUAUUUCCAUGAUUAUUAUAGAAGCAUUGCCCUUGAGCUGAAAUUCAGUUGUUUAAUAAGCAGCUAUUAUUGAAAAUAACUGAACAUUGUUUUAUGAAUAUACACUAAUCUGAGAUAUUAAAAUAUUUUAAAACUAAGAAGCAAAACAAAAAACCUCCAUUAGGUAUCCAGGCAGUUUGGAUGUUUUGAGCUGAUUUUUUUUUAAUGGUGUCUCAUUGUGCUUCAGAAUAUUAUGUUUACUUUACUCCAGGUCUAGGCCUCUUAAGGGGACUUUAAAAUGUAAGAUCAGAAUGUGAAUCCCUUGACUGACACCUAGAAUAGGUUUAUAGGACCUUUUCGGUUGUGGUUGCAGUUUUCAGUAAGAUUGCGUAAGAUGAAGUUCAUGUUUAUCAGAAGUUAAAAUAGGAGUUCUUGGAGAAAUGGCUUUCUUGUUACUUUCAUUACCUUAUGGAAAUUUGCCCCAGUUUCUGGCCACCAGAAUUGAUGAAAGGACCCCUGAUGUUUUCAAGGGUAACGAUCUGUUUUGUCCCCUUAGUUUUGAUGAACUAAGUCACUGACACUUUCCCUCCUCCCCUGGCCAAGACCCUGUUUUCAGCUUCUUUCCAGAGCCGAGUGGCACAAGUACAUAGACUAUUCCUGCUGAUGUUGAUGGUGUGGCUGUGGGAGAAUUAGAGAAAAUCCCCUUCAGAGGUAUGUUCUAAUGACCUCAGUACACAUUGUACUCCCUCUGGUCGAACAUUAUCUUCAUUUCUGGUUGGACUGUGUUGCUUAGAAAAAUGCUAAUGGUUUAAAAUUCUAGGAAACUUAUAGUGUGGCUCUGGGGUAAAUUUUGUGGUUCGGAAAAAAAUAAAUAUUUUGUAUUGAUUCUAACAUGUCAUUUCAGUGUGGCGACGAUGUACUAAAUGCAGUAAGACUGUGGAUGUUCUCUCAGAAGGGUAUGUUUUGUUAAACAGAUGGCAAUUUAAUUGCUCUCAUUAGCUCUGUUUGUCAAUAUUAUGACCAUGCAAUGCAGGAGAAAUUGCUCAGAUGUGAAGUUGUGGAAGCUAUGGCUGGAAACAGGAAUGCUUAUGAGUAAAUGGGAGGUCGAAUGCAGACAAGAGGCUCUUGCCACCCACCAGCACAGCCAGAGCAAGGAUGGAGCAAUGAAGUCUAGUCCCUGGUGGUGCUUAUUUGUUGGAAAGCAUGGUGGAGCUUAGAACAGGGUGUUCUGUACACCAGCUCUUAUCAAUCAAGAAAAAAUGGUGGAUGAAACUCUUCUUGAUUGGGGAUUAAAGCCACUGACUUUGGCUCUGACCUUUAACUCUUGAUGGAUUUGAAUUCACUCCUUCUGUAUUAGGGUGUAUACCAUCACUCGAAAACAUUGUGGUUAAUGAAAAUAAAUCUUGUACAGAUGUCCUUGGCUUGUAUGUUGAUACUUGGUUCACUGUAACUUUGUUAUAAUACGGAACAUACGAUUUCCCUUACAGUAUAUUCAUGAUGCCUCCUAAAUAAUAACCAGAGUCAGCACAUUGUCUGUUCUGUCAGCUGGUUAAUCCGCUGGCAGGGUGAGUGUCCAUCUUGACCUUUGUACCAGUGAUUGGAAAAAAAGGGCGUGUGUAGUUAAUUAUAUACAUUUAGUUACCUAGGCUGCAUACGUAUGCAGUAUCUAUACAUAUGUACAUAUAUAUGUCGUUUUUCUUCUUUAAACACUGGCACAUUAUGGACCUUUAUCAAAAGUUUCUGACUUGCGGUUUUUUGCAUUGAUGAUACCAUGCUUUUAAAAAAUAACCCUUUUUUCUUGCUAUGAAAUUAAUAUUAUCUCCUAGGUUUUUUGAAAUCUCACUUUACAAUUUUAGUUCCUCUUUGCUUUCUCUUUUCAAGUGUCCUUCCUACAGUGUUCUCGGAAUGCCAGUUGUCAUCCUCCUCUUUUUUUAAGACCUAAGCUGUGUUGUACUGGUAACUUCUUUUUAAUUACUGCACACAGCAGGAUUCCGUGACUGUCUUUUCUUUUUCUCUGCAUUGAAAUCACCUGACAGUUUCCUCCUUCAGCUUUUUCUUUGUUUCAGCCACAUAAGGAGUUAUUUAAAUCCUCUCCCUUCCCUUAGCAGAUUUUUUUUUUUUAACUGAACAUUGAACUUUUCUACUAGAGUCAGUUCUAAUCAGGGAGGUAUGUUUAAAAUGUGUGUUUAAUUUAUUUCCUCUAUUGGCUUAUGUCUUCAUAAUCUAAAAUUCUAAAACGUUUUGGAUUUCAAAGAACAUGGUUUCGUAGAAGGAAUAUCAUACAGAUAAUCUGAGAGCAAAAGUCUGUUUUAGCUUUACUGAGUUGUGUGUUCUUGGGUAAGGUUAUUUUUCUCAACCUUAGUCUCCCCAUAUUAAGCCCUUUUUCCUCCCUAGAUUACUCAUGAUAGAGCAUCUUCCUGGGGUGAUGGGUUUCAUUGGCUAGAGGAAUAGAACAAUUCUAAACUUCUUAAUAAUGCACCUUAAAUGACUAAUAAUAUACCUCAAAACAUAUAUUUAAAAAAAUGGCCACAGCUACAAAGAGAAAUAAGGUAAUCUACCAACAUAAUGGGCAUUUUAAACAUACCUCCCUGAUUAAUUAAUAGAUCAUGAAGAAGACAAAAUCAUGAUCAUGAAGGGCAUGAAGAUUUAAAUAGCACAACUAAUAAAUGAGACCUGAUGGAGAUACAGAAAAUCUCCCUGCACCUUCCAAUGAGAAAAUAAGCGUUUUUUGCAAACCAAAUCUAACAUUGCAUUUAAAGUACAAGGAAUGAUGACCAAAUUGGAUUUAUCCCAGGAAGUAAAUUGGUUAAUAUUAGAAAAUCAGUCAGUGUGACUCAUCUGUUAACGGACUAAAGUAUGAUCAGAUUGUGAAAAUUCAAAGAGUCUACAAGGCAAAUUAAAAGACUUAAGAGCUUAUCAAGGUUGCUGGAACAAAAUCAAUAUGCAGAUGUCAGUUACGUCUCUAUGCAUCCAGCUACAAGCUCUCAUGUCUCCACAAUUUAAAUAUAAUUAAAAAUUUACAGUAGGAACAAAACAAUAUAGAGUAUGUAAGAAUAAAUCUUACGAGCUGUGUAAGCCUUUUAAUGACAAAUGGUGAUUUAAAAAAAAAAAAACAAACCCAAUACUUCUAUUGAUCUAAAUGAAUGGAAGGACUAUGAUGGAGAAGAUCAUCUUGGUCUCAACUCUUUGUCCAAAUUGGCUAAUAGAUUACUGCAAUUCCAACAAAAAGUCCCAAUGGUUUUCACUGUGAUACUUGACAAGCUGAUCCCAAAAUGUAAAUGGAAGAGCAAAGGGUCAGGGAUAUUCAAAACAUUAUAAAAAAGAAUGAGGAGUGAGGGGAACCUAGCAUGACCAGAUUUUAAAGCUUACUCUAAAAUGAAAAAAACAGAAACCAUUACUCAGACAUCUAAAGAAGCAACAACAAAAACUUUAAAAUGUAGUGAUUAAAACAAUGUGGAAUUGGUAUAGAGAUUACGAGUAGAUAAAUAGACAAGGACAGAUUGCUCAGAAACUGAUCCAAUUAAUAUGAGAACUUAAUUUUUAAAAGGGCAGUCAUGGCAGACUUCGGGGAGAAGGAUGGAUUAUUUAAUAAAUGGGGCCUAGGUAAUUUUUCACAAAGGGGAAACGCGAAUUGGACCUUGCCUUGCAUCAGGCACAAAAAGCAAUCCCGGGUGGAUUAAAGGUUCACACAGUAAAAUUAAAACUAUAGAACUUUUAGAAGACAAUAUAGAAGAAUAUUUUUAUGACUUUGGGGAAGGGAAGGAUUUCAUAAACAAAAGAGGAUGUGCAAACCACUGAAAAAUGAAUAAUUUGGCUACAUUGACAGUACUUCUGUUUACUGAACAUUUCACAGAGUGAAAAAAUGAGCCCAAAGUGGAAUAUGAUACAGAUGUUCACAGUAUAUACCUAACUUGUUAAAGAGCUAUCUGCAUAUAAACCAGUAACAAAAAGAGAAAUGGGCAAAGAUGCAGACAUUCAUAGAACAAGGAACAGAAGUGACCAAGCCUGAAAACAUGUCUAACUUUAGUCAUCAGGAAAUAAACCCAUAAAUAUCAUUUCCUGGCCAUCAAAUUGUCAGCCACCAAAAAAAAAAAAAAAAACAACAAC